UUGCCAGCCAGAGCGACGAACGUGUUUCGUCAGAGGAGCGACGUUGUCCUUGGUCUCGUUAGGAAGAUGGGGUACUGGGAUAUUGAAGACGGCACCCAGUGUGUCGAAAAGACAUGGAUAACCACGAAAUUAGGGGCAGCGAUCGGUCUGAUUGGGUCUGCAUACCAUAUUGUGGCUUUUCAGCCUAAAACAGCAAUACAGGGAGUACAAAGAGCAACAAUGGGGACCCUCACAAUGGCCUCUCUUGGUGCAAUCUUUGGACUGACUACCUGCCUUAGUGCUCAAAUUCGGGAGAAGCCAGAAGACCCACUCAACUAUUUUGUAGGAGGGUGUGCUUCAGGAAUCCUCUUAGGAGUGAAAACUCACAAUUAUAUGACGGGGACCACCGCAUGUCUUGCUCUUGGAACAAUUGCAGCUUUAACUAAGAUUGGGAAGAAGGAAGGCUGGGAAUUCAUCCUAUCUGAACCCAAGUUGUAACCCCUUCAUCUACCCCAUUCUAGCCUGUAAAAUAUGUCUCUUAUAAUGAAAGAAAAAUAAAAGUAUAUAUGAAUGUAA